AUGGGUUUGUCAAGGAUUGAUCCAGAAAUCCAAGGUUGUCAGAGAAUAUGUGAUUUGCCCAACGAUUUGCUACUGCGGAUCUUACACCUCGUCCCGGCAAAAGAUGCAGUGGCCACUGAGGUCUUGUCUAAACGAUGGCGUCACGUCUGGAAGAUGAUGCAUAAACUCGACUUCAUAGAAAACCAAGACAGCGAGAGCUUUGGUCGGUUUAUUGACAAGGCACUGCAACUCCACAAGGCACCGAAACUACGAAGCCUGGUUGUCGAAGUGGGUCCACGAUGUCCUGUUGACGUAGAUGUCAGAAAGUGGGCUGACAAGGCAGUUAACCAGGGUGUGAUGAAUCUAGAAUUCAAGCUCCACUGGAGAGGAGAGCCCACAAGCUUCCCAAAGAGCGUUUACACAUGCGACACGCUAGUCCGUUUAUGUCUAUCAAACCAGGUUCUCGUGGAUGUUUCUUUCACGGCUAGCCUCCCAUCUCUCACACAUAUGUUUCUCUUCAAGGUGGUUUACAAAGACCAAGACUCUCUUGCUAGGCUUUUAUCAAGUUGCCCUCUUCUCUAUCAUCUGUCGGUUGAGCGACAUAAAAUUCGGAAGCAAGCUAGGGAAGACAACUUGACAGACUUUACCGUGAAAGUGCCUUGGCUGAAAAGCUUACGUUACUAUACUAGUUUGCGAGAGCGGCAAGAACAUGAGCAAGAGCAAGAGCAAGAGGAAUAUCAGAUUGGGUCGUUGGUGAUAGAUUGCCCUGCAUUAACACGUGUAGUCAUACUUGAACAAUGGGGAGACUACUGUAGUGUGACAGAGAAAAUGCUUUGUCUUGAGGAGGCAUACAUCCGGUAUGUUCAUAACCCAGAUGAAAAGCUGCUGACAUGUUUUUCUUCUGCCAGGCGUUUGGUCUUCUCUUUAUCCAAAUCAACGGUUGCUUGUUGUAAAGCCGUUAAGUUCUCUGGGCUCAUAGAUUUGGAAUUUAUAGCACAAAUUGAUGUGGAUUGGUUGGAACCAUUUAUUUUGUUGCUUCACAACUCUCCUAAGCUGAAAAUUCUUACGGUCGACACUGCGGGAUGUCCCCAAUCUCCCUGGAACGAGCCGAGUACUGUUCCUGGAUGCUUAUCGUCUCAUCUAGAGGUUGUUAAGUGGAAAGACUAUGAAGGAAAAGAAGAUGAGAAACAACUACUGACAUACAUUCUCGCUAACUCAUACCAUUUAAAGACUGUGGAGGUCUUACUCGUAGCAACCUGCAAUCUUGAAGAGUGCCAAAAGGAGUUAGAAUCUAUGCCUAGGAUUUCAACAUCGUCUAGGCUUCUUUGUUCUACUUCAUCUUGA